AUGGACAACGGCUAUUGUGCCAUGCAGUGGGCUGGAGUGUACACCUGCGAGUGUGUGCCUGGUUUCACACUGACGCGUAUGGGGUCUAUGUGCGCCGAUCUCGAGCGCUUCCCCAACCUUGGGAGCGGGUCACAACCACAGGAUCGCCUUAGAAACCUUAACGGUGGGAAGAAGAAACCAGGUUCCCCCCAAUUUGUGUCCAGGAGUAAGAAAAAAUCAGGGUUUGGACCAGCCCCCGACACUCCGUAUUUCAGUGGAAAGGGAGUUAUCACCAAUCAAAAUGGCGAG